AUGCGCCCUCGCUCGCGGCGCGAGCGGCUGUACCCCCCUCGGCCUCGCACCGCCUGCCUACUCCCGCUCGCAGGAAUUCAUUCGAUCAACAUGCUCAAAGUCGAGCUCGUGCCGGCCGCCGGUGACAAGCUCGUGCUCAAGCUCUCUCCUCCGCCGCCGCUUGCUGACAAGCAGGCGUCUCUGGCGGACAACACGGCCGUCGUCGACUCUGACGGAGGUAACGCCGUCGGCAUCCCCUCCGAGCCCGUCUCGCUCAAGGAUGGCAUCGACACCGGCACCGGCGGCACCUGCACCGCCAACACCGGCACUGGCAACGUCCCGUCCGAGGGCGAGCCCGCCGGCUCGCUCGCCGGCGUCCACUUUGCGGGCGUUUCGCUCGACGCCGUGCCCGAGGCGUUCACCGUCGACGAUCCGGCCGGCGCCAAGGCCGUCGGCAUCCCGCCCGAGAGCGAGCCCAGCCCGCUCAAGGACGGCAUUGACGCGGGCGGCGGCAACGUCGCGGGCGAGUCUUCGCCGAUGAAGUCCUUCGCGAAGGUCGGAGUCAUCUCCGAGUCGGUGUCGCCUUCGCUCCUCGGAGCGAAGGCGUGCGGCGUCAAGGACACCCCCGUGGCAAAGUCUGGCACGGAGGACGUCCUCAAGAUGAAGGACCCGGCCGCGGAAAAGGCGCCCGACGCGGGCGCGGUCGACUCGGACAAGGCCAAGGCCAUGUUCGCCGCCCACGAGCAGGGGCCGCCCGCCGUUUUCUGGUCCAAGUUUACGCGCCCGACCGGCCCACCGACGGCCCCCACCGGCGCCGUCAAGGGCGCCCUCAAGAAGGACAUCCCUGCGGCAACGUCUGGCGCGGAGGCCUGCGUUGACGAGACCGGCGCCAUCAAGAACCCGGCGCUCAAGCCGGCCACCGAGGGCGACGCCGACUGGAAGGAGUUUCCAGAGGAGACGGCCGCCCCGGCGGUGAGCACCUCCCAGCAGAAGGACACGCGGGUCAUCGACGGGUGGAAGACCCCCUCCCCGCUCCGCAAGAUCGAGCGCAAGGAGUCUCCGCUAGCGGAGAAGCUCGCCCCGGCGGGCAUCCCCGACAGGGCCACCCCGUCGAACCCGCGCCGCAAGAAGGGGCGCAAGGGCGCGUCCGCCCCGAUCGUCCGCACCAAGAGCAUCGCCCCGGUCGGCGGCAACAACAGGUUCGGGGCCCUGCUCAAAAUGGACGGCAACGAGGGCAUCCUCGGUGGCACCGGCAAGGUGACCGGCGGCUCCACGCCGCCGACCGCAGACUCGGGCGCGACGGUCGACGUCGAGACGACCACGAAUACCACGCCCGAGGGCUCUGCCGCCGGCCGGUUCCCGUGGUCAAAGUCCUACAACUUGCUCCGCCUCUUUGGCAUCCUUGCGCUGAUCUGCCUCGGAGCCGCGUUUGCGCACUUCUCGUACUCUGCCACCUCGCUCCUCUCCUCGCAGCGGUCCGAGUCCCCGACUUCCCUUCCCGCAGUCACAACGCCGUUCACGCUCAACGGAUUCUGCGAGGUUGGCGGCAACGACACCAGCUCGUUUGCAACCAUCGUAUCGUCGGAAAGCGCGCCCGCCAACCACCCGGGCGAACGCGACGAGGGGCGCUCGUGGGAAGCACUGAUGGACGAGAUCGGCGAGGCGGUGGGCGAGCCGUUGCACCUAAUUGGCGAGCCGCCGGCGUCCGUCAAGGACCUUUACGAGAAGCAGCCGGCCGAGGCCGACUUGGAGACCGUCCCGGCCUCGCGCAACACCAUGGAGCGCAAGGGCGAGCCCGAGAUCGACUCUAUCGGUCCCGUCUACAGCAGCAGAUCGGGGAUCAUCGUUCGCGAAACCGUCCUGCCCGUGAACGGCAUGUCGCCCGAGAUGCGGUCCGCCGACGCUGGGAACACGCCCGAGAAGCUGGUUGAGACUGGCCUCGGCGCGCCCGUCUCUAGCAUCGGCGAGUGGCGGGUGAACAGAUUGGCGACCGCUUCUCCAGCCACAACCAAGGAUCUCUUCCUCCAGCUUGGCCGGGCCAUCGACCCUCUUCUCGCGGAGCCGGCAUGGCCUGCAGAGGUCCGUGCCGCUCAGAUCUCCGAUUCGAACUCGGUCCAGUCCGAUAUCUCCUCCGUCUCACGUGUGUGCGCCGACCGGCAGCCACGCUGCGCCGCCCCCGUUGCGUGGCAUGCGGAGCCUCACCACGCACUCACCGACGAGCGCUCCAAGACCGACAAGCCGCCCGCGAACCCGCCGGUCGACAUUAACUCCAUCGACCUGCCCUCCCCGUUCCACUUUCCCUUCAUGAGCGGACCCUCCUCUUCCGCGCCUGUCCGCACCCAGCAGCGCUGUCAGUUUUGGGCCGCCUUGUUCUUGCUGCUCGGAGCGUGCGGCGGCGUGCUGCUCUCGGUGCGGAGGAGCAGCUCGGGGCGCCUCGUGCGGUGCCGGACGGGGGCGAGGCGUGGCGCGUGGCUGCUGAUUCUCGCCGCGCUACUCCCGCUGGCAUGUGCACCAUCAGUCUACACGUCUGGCUCAAUCGACUUCCAGGUCACUGUGGGUGGCGGCAGCUACCCGGCCGAGGUGUCGUGGGACCUGACGUGCAGCGGCGCGUUGAUCGGCAGUGGAGGGGCCUCCUACACCGGCACCCUGUCCGCGCCGCCCGGCGAGUGCACGCUCGACAUGAACGACUCGUACGGCGACGGCUGGAACGGCAACUUGUGGAAGGGUGCGGGCUAUACGUUCACGCUCGGCUCCGGAUCCUACGGCAGCGAGACCGAGGCUAAGCUCCGCUCCCUGAUCGCGGAGGCUAGCGACGACAACGGCGGCGUCGUCUACGCGUCUAACAGCGGUGCGGUCUCGAUAAUCGGCUCGGAUGUGUCGGACUGCUCUGCUGAUGGGAACGGCGGCGUCGUCUACGCGUUUGGCAGCGAGUCCCUCUCCAUCGCGGGUAUCGACUUCAUCGACAACAGAGCGGACGGGUCAGGCUCGGUGCUGUACCUUUCAAACACGCCCUCCUCGAUCAGCGACGCCUCCUUCACCGGCAACACCGCUGGCGACGACAAGACGAUACAGACCGACUCGCCGAUAGACUGGGACUGCCGCUUGGGCAGCUGGAUGCAGACCGAGGGUGCCUUUAAGGGCGACUUCAGC